AUGCCUACUCUUCCCAUGCCUACUCUCCCCAUUCCUAUUUUCGCCAGGCCUACUCUCCCGUGUUCACCCCCCAUGCUCAUUCACUCUCGCUCUGGUGCCAUCUAUCUCCUUCCGUUCGCCCCCUCGUUCCAGUCAACCCCAUCACUCUCUGCCUGGCAGCGCCACACGCAUGGUGGCAGCAGGGAUGGUCGCCGCGUUGUGACGGCACGGCCUUGCACUGCGCAGUGCACAGGGGCGUUGCCUGAAGCGGGUUCGCCUUGUCGGGUGUGCGUAGGGGGUGGGACCUCUCACUCACUGCAGCACCACCAAGGCAGCCAGCCACCCCAACCCAGCAUUGGCAGCGUGGCGGCGGCACUGACCCCGCUGCUGAUGGACGCGUCUGGCCCGCCUGCCGACAGCCGGGACGCAGAGGGGGAGAAGGCGGCACUGCACGCGGCGGUGCCGCCGAUGCUGUCAGCGGAGGAGGACGUGGAGCAGCCGCAGCGCAUGCAGCUCUUCAUGGCGCACCUCAUGGCACACCUUUUCUGCUGCGGUACCCUCGCCCGCCCCCACUGCGACAUCCCCCCCGGGCCCCCAGAGGCCAACGACCCGUCACCCCCUUCGCGAGGGUUUGUGCCCAUAGACCGCUCCAUGCCGCCCAUCAUGUCGGGCCGCGUGCUGCACCUGCCCGCCUCCUACCUCUUCUCCGGUGGCCGACCCUCAGAAGACGACGACUAG